AUGUCCUCCGACUGGCCCCCACAGCUUCAGCUCUCCAUUCCCUCAAGCACAACUUCCUUCAAGCGCUCUUUCGAACAAUUUGGUGUCGACCUUGACAGCCCCGUUGCCCUUGACGCUGGCGGGAGUGGAAACAACAAUGAUCGCAACAAGCGUGCUCGCAGUGCCACCAGCUUUUCAGAUGGCAGCAGCGAUACGUUGGGCAGCAGUCCGCAGUCGUCAAGUGAGGCCUCUGGGUCGGGCAGCAGGAGCUCAGGGUCAGGCACCAGGAGGCAAAGAGCCUUGCAAAACGACUGGUCUGGCCAAACUGCUGCUGCGACAAGAGCGGGAACAGCGUUGCCAAUAUCAAGCCAUCAACCUCCACGACUACCCACGCCAGACAUUCAAGACAUUGACAUGCCCGAUUACCCCUUGGUCGACGAUAACGACUCGGAUGCUUUCUCGUCAUCCAAUCUCCCAUCUCCGCCCCUUUCGCAGCCCGACGACAGUUAUAGGUUAUCACUACAAAGAUUCAAUGAAUUCGACUCGGAAAUUUCGGUUCUCCGCCAACGCUCUCCAACGCUUCCUCCAACGUUGCCCCCCUUGUCAAUAUUUGAAGAAAUUCCUUCACAAACCACAAUUGAAUACCUUCCUGACUCCCCUGUCAGUGUUGGGAGCGCAACUAUCUUCCCUCGACACGCCCUGCCGGAUUCGGAAGCAGCCUCAGAAUUUUCAUUAGACUUUUCUGGAUCAUCCUUUGCAACUUCACAACAGCAUUCGCCCAUUGACAUUGCUACUUCACAACAACACUCACCAAUCGAUGAACCUAGCCCUCAAGUAGAGCCACCUGCAAGUUCCGCAUCGAACGAUCUUGGAUUCACUUUCCGCGAGCGGCUUGACUCAGCACUAGGCAGCCUCCGCUCCGCCUCCCCUUUAGUGCCUGGUUUGGACGAGGAAGAGGAACAAAAUUCCUCUCGAUCAUCAUCGUCAUUCACGCGACCGACUUUACCCAACCCACCCACACUACCACCUAUAAUUACAGAUACCGAAAACGAGAACGUGAUGUGGAAUGAUGAACCCCUUCCUACACCUGCUUCAGAAGGGACGUGGAACAUGCCUCCUAGCUUGCCGUCUCUGGAGGACCUGAGAGACCAUGCCCUUCCAUCUCCAUCCCUUAGGGGGCUGCAUCAUUGGUUGAACAUGGAUGAGCCACCGCGGAGGCAAGACGCGCCCGGAACCUCCUCUUCGCCGUCUGACGAUGAUCCUGGACCGAGUAGCCGUUAUAGGGAUCGUGUUCGGGAUAUACCGAUCCAGAGUAGUGGGUUCACCGACACAUCUGCCAGGAGAGGUGGACCUAGUGGGAGACGCAGUCCGGCAUCUGCUGCUGCUGUCAGGAUGUUGGAUCAAGUGAUGUGGAAUUCGUCGUAUUCAAGUUCUUUGUUCUCAGGACGAUCAAGGUCACCACCUCCCUCCAGUGAACCUUCCCAGUUCUUAUCACAUCACCCCUCUUUUGGCAGACCUCCCGCACAUUUCCCCCUUCAAGGCGCUGAUAGUACUAACAUGAAUCUCGAUGCUUGGCUUGCUGCAGCUGAGUCAGCCGGACCGAGCGAUACUACCAUUGCCUCAAGCCCACCUGUACACCAUUCAUGGACCGAGAGCGAUGACCGUCAAGCUUCUCACAUGUUAUCCCAGCACCACCGUUCCCGACCAGCAAACUUGGGUUCAUUCAACUCCCUCGUGUCAGAGAAUGCCUCGGAGGCACGUCGCCGCUCUCAACGUGCCGAACUACUGGAGCGGGCCACGACGUUUGCUUCAUCAUCUUCGCAAGUCCCUUUGAUGGAAGACGGCAGGCGGUCACAUCUGCCCGCGUGGGAUGCGGAGUGGGCUCAAGGCAGUUCCGUAGCAGAAUCACAGGUACAUCCACCACCACCAGAUAGGGAUCAACGGGCUUUUCAGGCACAGCGGGCUGCUCGACAGAGUUUAAGCGAGUCACAUCAGCAUACACACACACGGCCGAGUAGUAGUAGGUCUUUUGAAGAGAUGUUUGAGGCGUUUAUGGGCCCGGAGAACGAUGAGUUUCGGCAGAGGACGAGGCCUCAGCGACAGCAUCCUGAUGCAACCCCUGCGUUGUCGUCGUUUGGGAGGGAACGGGUAUUGCAGAGAGAAGUUUACCCCCGUGCUCGUGCACCUAGCUCGCGUCCUGGUCCACCACCACCACCACCACCACCACAGCAAGCAACUCAUCGUCGGAUAUCGUCGUGGUCUAAUUCAGUUUCUGCGCCUGGUGGCUCGAGUUCAGCCAUGGAAGCACCGGCCAAUGAUACGUCUGCUCACACCAGAUGGCUUUUGGACUCGCAAUCCUCAAGUGAACGGGAUGCAUUGACGAGUAUCUAUGGUUCGGAUUAUCGUGCUGCUGCUAGAGAGGAACAACCACGACCGUACCUCCCCAUACCAUCCCUCCCUUCGCCUGAUCUGGGGGGUAUUUUUGAUCGUGCUCCUCCUUCAGCUCCUCCACCGGGACGGCAUAUUCCUGCUGCUGCUGCGCUUCAGCACACUCAACGUGAACGUGCGAGACUGGAGGAUGAGCGUAUGCGUGGGAUGAUUGCGCAGUUGAAUCAGAACUCUCCUGGACGGGCUAGGCGUCUUCGGAAUUCGAUUGGUUCGAUACGUGGGGUUACGAAUGUGUUUGAGUUUUCGGAUGAUGAGGAAGAUGAUGAUGUUGAGAUGAUGGGGCAGAGUAGGAUUGGGAGGGGUCAUAAUGGUGAGAGAGAGGCGAUGGAUGUAAGGGCGCCGGCGCGGACGGGGGGAGUGGAAGAGUCGCUUUAUAAUCGCCGUGAACGGUUCUUGUCGUUGGCGAGCGGUGCAGGUGCUGGGAACGAGAAUGGUAGCAGCAGCGGCAGUGAUGCUGAGCUUUUUGGUGGUGAAGCCCCAGGUACAAGUAGACGCUCGACGUAUUCGGCUCAUCGACCUCGAACGCCUCCCCUGGAUACGUCCAGGUACCCUACACAAAAUCCAGUUGGAUCUGGUGGAAAUGUCAUGUUCAGGCCAAGUGAGCCUUCGCAAUUGCCUCCUAGCAACAUGCAUCCAUUCGAUCCAAGUUCUUUUGCACCUGGCCCUUUCCGGAAUACGUUGCAGAGUAUAGCCAUGGAGCGCAACAGCCGCGCUGCUCGUCAUUAUGCGUCUGCUGUACCGGCGAGGAAUUCUCAACCCUCUCAUGCGCCUAGUAUACCGCCACUUGCGUUUGAGGAGGAUGGUUCAAAUUUCCAGGGAAGAGCGCCGCCGCCAAGGUCUGAUGCUAGAUAUGCGUAUCUGAAUCGGCCGCCGCCUCCUCCACCACCAGAAUAUGCAAACUAUUUACGUCCUGCGUUGGGUUCGAGAAUCGAUCAAUUCCAACAGCAGCGACGACCACCACCUGUACCGCCUGGUGCUAGCUCUUCUGCAAUGCAGAACAGCGAUCUGCAUAGAUAUCUUUCUCGUCAAGCUCGUAUGGAAGCUUCAAGGAUUGACGAUUCGGACGGUGCACCCCCUGUUCCGUCCCGCGGAGACGUUCAGGGAUUCAACAGCGCCAUUGAAGCAGCUUAUCGAACGAUAUCGUCUUCGUCUCGGCCGGCGGAAGCUAUCGUCCGUGCUGUAUCUGAUGUUUUUGACGUGGCGGAUGAGGACACCCCUUUGCCUGCGAGACCUACGAGAAAUGCUGGAUUUGGUGCGGAGUCGGAGUAUGAUCGUAGUUCGCGGGAUACGUUAGCCUUUCGCGGACGACGUGCACGGGCUUUUAGACAUCCUAUACUUGCACGUAUGGGAGGGCGGCCGAGAGCGUUGGGAGAUUUUGUGGCGGACGAGGAAUUUGAUACGUCAUACGAGGGCCUGUUGCAGUUGGCGGCAUCUGUUGGUGAGGUUAAGCCGAGGUCGACGCCUAGUCAUGUUAUAUCCUCGAUGGAGACUGCGGAGUAUAGAGAUUGGGCUACGGCGGAUAGCGAUAAACGGUGCCCUAUCUGCUUGGAUGAUUACACGCCCACUGAUCCCGUGCUCAAACUUACUAAUUGUUCUCAUUGGCUUCAUCGGGAUUGUCUUCAGCAAUGGCUUGGAGGGGCAAGCACUUGUCCUGUUUGUCGUAAACCCGUCCAUGGGCUCUCUUCUUCUCCCCGACAAAGUGGACCACCGCCAAUCCAAGAUAUCCAGAAUCAUUGGCCGUUCGGCGGCACAUGGCGACGUGGCCCACCACCGCCUGGCCCGGGACCUAGCGGUAGCGGGAACGUUUUUUCAGGCCAUGCUGGCGCUUCUGGUGCUUGGCCGCGGAGAUGAGCUGCCCUUUUUUUGCAUUACCCCACAUUAUAGCUUUGAUCUACGUUUUUCCUUUUCACAUUUUGAAAAAAGCAUCUGUUCUGUUUCUUUUGGCAUGGAUAUAAACCCCAUCGUUACUCAUACGCAUUU